CUCCUCUGCUAUAGGGACACCCAAACCGUUAUCAAGGAAAAACAGCACACGUACAAUAAGCCAAGAAUACACCAACUCCCCUGGGACCCCCUUCCAGCAAGUGAUGGAGUCCCCACAACUGGUUCACAGGAGAGUCCUCCACCAGAAGGAGCUACAAAUAAAGCAUUUGGAAAGUCUUUUAAAUACAGAGAUACACUUAAAGACUGAACUACAGGCUGAUUUGAUGGAAAGAGACAGGGAGAUUGCUUCAUUUGAUGCCAGAUGUAAGGAAAUAACCCAUCUACAGCAGCAGUUACAAGCAGCCCAAGAUGACCUUGAGAACAUGGCAACACUCAGAGAAAAUAUGGUAAAAAUGGAGAAAGAGCUAGCAAGGUUGAGAAUGCAGGCAAGUUCACAUCAUGAAACAGAGGAGAGAAAUAACCAGCUGGAAAAGGAAAAUUUAGAACUUUACAAACGAAAAGAGUUUUUGACGGGAGAGCUGAAGCACACCCAGGAUCUGUUGUCCCAGACGCAGGGCAAGAUGGAGUCCUUGGUGAAGAAAGAAGCACAGAUAGGGGGCACUCUGGAGGCCACGCAAGAGGAGCUGCGCAGGUAUCAGAGUCUGAGCUCAGAACUGAAGCAGCAGCUGGUAGAAGUACAGAAGCUUUAUCAUGAAGCCACCAUGGAGCUCCACUUGGCCAAGGAGAAUGCACAAAAUGCUCAAAUUGAUAAUGUUGGUGAGUGUAUGACCGUCUUCACAGAGAAGAGGAUCAUUGAGUUGGAGGAGGAGCUGGGAAGCAGCAGGACACAAGUAGAGAAACUGAAGGGGGCAGUAGAAACCAAGACAAGCCAGCUGGAAGAGGCAGACAUUUUAGCAAACCAAAAGAACUUGGAGAUUGAGCACUUGAAACAGGAGAAAGUUGAAUUCCAACAAGAAAUGGCUAAUCUAUACCAGACCUUGGACAUACUGAAGGCCAGUCAAGCCAAAGGAGAGACGGAGAUAACGAAACUCCACCAAGAGAUGGAGCAUAAGAACCAGCAGAUGAGGGACACAGAGAUUGCCCACAACCAGCAUGUCAGAGAGAUCAGGGAGAGAUGUGCUGCAGAGAUGAAGGAAAGGGAAAAAAGUCAGGAACAGAGAGUGGGACAGCUUCACCAGGAGAUAGAAUCACUUAAGUCAGUCUGCUCUAAGGCAGACUCCCAGAUCAGACGUUUGGAAGAAAAACUUGAGAUAAGCACCAAGCAGAUGGCUUUCACAGAAGAGCAGGCUAAUCAAAGGGUGAUGGAGAUUGAAGAGAAUUAUGUGGCUCAGAUGAAAGAAGAGCAGACAACAUAUCAAUGCAGAAUGGCACAGCUGUACCAGGAGGUGGAAUCUCUCAGAUCUAGGCUGACAAAGGCUGAGACUGACAACAAACAAUUACAGGAACUCUUUGAUGAUAAAUGUCAGGAGUUUAUGGCAGCUGAGAAAGAGGCAUCAGGGAAAUUGCAGGAGUUUGAAGAGAAGUACAAAGACAAAUGUGAAGAACUGAGGACUGCUGAGGAGCAGUGCACUCAGAGGUUGACUGACCUUGAAGGACAAUAUAAUGUCAAGUGUGAUGAACUGGCUGUGUCCCAGCAACAGGUUGCUGUGUUUGAGAGACAGCACGAGGAGAUGUGUAGAGAACUGGAAGCCAGUGAAAAACGUGCUAGAGAAAGUUUUAAAGAACUUGAAAGACAAUUUGCUGCAAAGUGUCAAGAGCUGUACUCUUGUGAAAAACAGGCCAGUGAAAGAAUAACAGAGCUUGAGGAGCAGUACAUGUCCAGUCUGGAGGAGCAAAUAGGCAAAUACCACGAACUGACAACUUCCCACGAGGAAACUGCAGCAAAAUUGGCUGCUCUUGAAGAGCAGUAUGAGGCAAAGUGCAAUGAGCUGGAUAUUGUAAUGAGGCAAACUCGGGAUCUAGAAGAGCAAUAUGGCAAUAAGUGCCGUGAUCUGGAUGCAGCUAAAUCUGAGGCCAGUGAGGGGCUGAUGGAGCUCCAGAAACAGUAUCAAGCUAAGUGCCAUGAGCUUGAAAUGACUGAGAAACAAGCCUUGGAAAGAAUGUCCACCAUGGAGGAGAAUUACAGCAGCAAAUGCCAAGAGAUGGAGAAUUGUGUGAAACAAGCCCAAGAAAGAGAGGCCAGACUUGGAGAGGAAUAUAGAAUAAAAUGUGAAGAUCUGAAAGUGGCUCAGAAACAGUUAGCUGAGUUUGAAGUGCAAUAUCAUACCAAGUGCCAAGAAUUGGAGUCUGUAGAAAAACAGGACUCUGAGAGAAUGGCUGCUCUUGAGGAGCAAUAUCAAACCAAGUGUCAGGAGCUUGAAACCAAUGACAGGCAGGCCUGUGUAAAAAUUACCCAGCUUGAAGAGCAGUAUAAAACCAAGUGUGAAGAAUUUGAGACUGAGAUUUCACGGAUGCAAAGUUGUUUGGAGAACAAGUCUCAGGAUGUUAAAUUAGCUGAACUGAAACUGUUAGAGAUGGUCAAAGAAGUGAAUAAUGUGAAGGAGGAAUCAAAAGCUGAAAUAACACGUUUACAAGGUUUGUUAGAGGAGAGGUCUCAGCAUAUAAAAGAAAUUCAACAUGCAGCUGACCAGAAGUUAUUAGAAAAAGAUGAAGAAAUGAUGAAUUUGAGUAACAAAGCAAAAGACAAAUGUGCUCAAAUACAGGAGCUACUGGAAAACAAAGACCUUGAGCUGAAAAACAUGAAGCUGUUAGUUGAACAAAAAUUACAAGAGGCCACAGAAAGCUAUAAUCAUAGAAUACAGAUUGAAGAGAAAAAUAUACAACUCGAACAAAUAAUUAGGCAUCUAGAGGAGAAUAUCACUACUUUAAAAAGCACAUCAGAUGCCCAAAUAAUGCAGCUACAAAAUGAAAUUCAUGAUAAAAAAGCUGAGAUGACUGCCAAGGAGAUACAGACCAAUCAGAAGGUGACAGAAAUGGAGAGCGUCUGCCUCGUGAAGGUAACCAAAAUGGAGAAAUCUCACAAGGAGAGUAUGGCCAUGCUCCAGGUGGAACUGAAGACAAUGAAGGACAACUACACCAGCGCUCAGUCCCAGGUUUCCCAACUACGCAACAUCCUGGACACUAAGACCAGAGUUCUGAAGGAGACUGAGGUCAAGGCCAAUGAGAGAGUCUCGCACACUGAGGAAAAGUACACUGCCCAACUCUCUAAGCUGGAGACGAACUUUGAAACUCUGAGGGAUCGCCAUGCCCAGGCCCUCGGUCAGAUCAAGACCCUGCAGGUCAGUUUGGAGGCCAGGGGUCAGCAGGUGAAAGAGUCGGAACUGCUGGCCAAUCAGAAGCUGUGUGACAUGGAGCAGAAGUAUGAGGGUGAGUUAAGGACAGAAAAGGAACGCCAGCAACAGAGAGUUGAGGAACUGGAACAUGAGAUUGAGAUGCUCAAGGCUGACUAUGCUAAAACACAGGACCAGCUUCUGAAUGAUGCUGAUGACAAGGUGCUGAGAUAUGAAGAGGAACUGGAAGCAUAUAAACACAGGGUUGUAAUAGCUGAAAAUGAGGUGACUUUGUCACAAGGAAAAUGCAAAACUUUGGAAAGGGAAUUAGAACGUGUUACCAGGAAAGAGGGGAAGCUGAUAACAGACCAGCAGGCACAGCUGUCCCAGGCCUUUGCCAUGAGCAAAACUCUUCAGUCACGACUGCAGCAGCUUGAACAGGAGCACCUUGCCACCAGACAGAAGCUAGCCAGUGAAGAGAGAAGAUGCAGGGAAGUUGUAGAAGAAAAUGAGAGGCUGUCAGCUGCUCAACGGAGACAGAAAGAAGAUGGAACUGUGAUGAAGAGACUAACCAUGCAGGUGAAGUCGCUAGAGGCUCAGCUGGCACUUGCUGAUACCCAGCUACGAGAAUACCAGGAGAAAAAAGACCAGUCCACAGUUAGUAGGGAGAGCACACUCAGGACGGAAACCACCUUAAAUGAAAGCAUGGAUUGUCUUGAUGAUUCCCUGGAGGAGAGGAAGCCUCUGUCCCUAGAGGACUUAAGAACUGGAUCUAGUGGUGAAGACAGACACAGCUAUGACAGCACCCAGGGAUCCAGCUUUACCUCUAUGGACCACAGUUUCAAGCACCCGAUGUCCCUGAGAAGCAGUCACCCAACCAAGCGCCACAGCACCACCAGCUCUGCCUUGGGUCCAACACAGACUACAGCACUAGGUGCUGGCAGUCUGUUUGCGUGUGCAGAGGAGCCAGUGGAUAUGGGUUUUGACUGGGACAGCCUGAGUGAGCUCCAGAGGAGGAACACACUGUGUCUGCCUCACCUGAGGUCUGCCUACCCCCUGAUGCAGCAGCCCAGCGAUCUCAGUGAAGACAUGAUGAGGUCUGGAAGGGCAUCCGCCUCUAUGGUUGGUGAUGGACUGCAGAGAAGUCUCGGAGCUAGUAACACAAGAAAGAGGCAUUCUGGGGACAGAGAUAACGCCAGUGAUCUGAAGAAGAAAAAGCCCUCAAAACCCUCUACCCCAGGGGUGUCAGACAGAGGAAAGAACACCCCCAGGAGAAAGUCCACUUCCCCCAGGGCACCUGCUAGGACCCCAAGGAUCAGUAGACACUGCCAGGAAAACAAAACACCAAAGCUAAAGAGACAAAUGGGGGCAGUGGCAUUCAACAUUGGGUUUUCUCCUAUGAGAGCUCCAGAGAGAAGAAGAGGAAAGAUGAAAACCUCCCAAAGCACUUCCACUUCCACUGGAAUUCUCUCAGGCUCCCAGAUGAAAAGGAAGCCUCUUGGAAACCACAACUAGAAAUAGAGCUUCAUCUCCUGAUGACAUCUGUGGUUUAGAGGGAACUGUUAUCAAAAUGAAAACCAGUUGGUCAUGAUUAAUCAUCAUCACAUCAUGUUGAAGAAUAAUAGGAAAUUGGAAAACUAAAUCAGAAAUUUUGAAUUAAGAAAGAAGAAACAGAAAGCUGCCCUCGCCAGUUUGCUAUAACACAGCUUUAUAACUAAUCAUACAGUUAUGGUUGUCCAUGAAACAUACGGAGCCGCAGUGUAGAAUGCAUCAAUUAGAACAAGAAUCCAUUUUCAUUCUUGACAGAAUUGCUGUGGAAGUUCAUGAGAAAGGUGGUUUAUGCUUUAUUAGCCUUCUCUGUUGCCAUUCCUGACAUUUAUGAAAGUUGGCCCCAGGUUCAGUCUAGUCUAUAUAGAUAAGGCAAUAGUACAGUCAGUAUUGCUGGGGUUAUCCUUGGAAUACAGCACCCAGGGAACGGGUUAAAUGAACCCUGGGGUAUUGAAAAGACGGGGUUUAUUUUAUCAUUUUGUUUUCUAGUUUGUUGCAGCAAAGUGAACAUUUCACAGAAUAAAAUCCUCUCAAUAUUUUUUUUUUCUGAGGAGUCUCUGCAGUCUUCUUGGGCUGUCAGUUGGGAUAUUUCCCCCGAUGAGGCAGAUGUCUGGAUGGAUUCAGUCAAGUUUAAAUUUUCAUUGAAGACUUCACCAGGUAACUUGGCAGGUGCUCUUGAACCCUGAUCCUCUGCCAAGUGCUGGGGUGAGAUGGUUCAAGUGGUGAAUGGCAUGCUCCCAGCUUGUGGCGGGGUAAAGUUGGUCAGGGUUAUUCCUCCACCAUGGGUGACAUUCAAGACCAAUUCAGAUGCAGCCCAGGUUGGAACAAAAUUGGGUCUGAAGUCCAUUUCUGAACGACCAGAUAAUCUUUUAGUGAUUUUAGUUAUGACAGUUUCAGUCUACUGGUUGCAAUGGAAAAUCUCUCUGUAGACCAAACCCUACAUGUGUAUACUAUGCUGUGACUUAGACAGUUAAGCCUGAGGUAAAAUUAAGUUGUUUUUAUCUGAUGAAGCAUCAAAAAAGUCUGAUGUCUAAGUGUGGUAGAACUCACCUAUACACUCACUGUAGGUGAUAUUGUAGUACACAAGUGUCUGAGGGGGAUUUUAUCUGCUAACACGAUCCAAGAAUGUAAGGGUAUAGAGAAUGCAUUUCAGAGGUGGCAUUAGCUUUGAUUUAGUUUCAAGAUUUAGGCUCUUGUGUCAGGGUUUGCACUUGUAAUUUGUCGGUGUUUAUGAUUGCUGUGCAGAACACUGAUUGGAAGUGGGUUUAGUACAUGUGAAUAACACGGUGCUAUUUAUAUGCAAAGUUGCUCUCUAAAUUUCCUUAAGGGAGGUAGUUCCAUUAGUUGCUGUCACUGUUCUGUUUCCGAUAAUGUUUAAUCACAUUUUCCAAACUUAGUUUUUAAACAUCCUGUCAAAAGCAGAAUUAUUCUUGAAAAUGGAUUCUUGUUGUUUGUAAUUCCUUCAUAUUUAAGGUAUCUAUAAUCAUUAUUAUGUGUGGGAUGAUUUCAUUUUUGCCACAAUAUCAGUCAAUUAAUUGAGUUCCUCAGCUUUGUCAUCAUAGUUUUAUAUUAUUAUUAUUAUUUUUUUUUAUUUUACUCACCUGACUUAACCCAACAAUACAUUUUAUUGUAUAAAUAUAACUUCAAUAAUUAUAUAUAUGGACCUUGAUGCUGUACAGAGAAGAAAUACUAAUGAGUUUGUCUUCAUGUGCUAGUUGAAAUACAUGUGUUAUGCUGAAAUUGGAUUAAAUGUCCAUUUUUGUUGAAUAUCAGAAUUAAAUCCUUUGCCCUGUUCAGCAAUGAAUUAAGAAAAAUUGUUUAUUGAUGAAGAUAGACGACUGCUCACCUUCCCUGUUAUUUUUCUUUGUGGUAGAUGAGCAAUGAGGAGAAAACUAGGAAUACUAGUAGUAAGCUCCUGACAGCUUGUGUACAGGGUGGAAUUGCCGGUUCUUGCAGUUUGGGAAUUGAGACACUGGAGUGUUUUGGCAAGGUGUAUCUAUCAAUUAACUCUAGACAUGUAAACCAGAGAGAGAACUUUGUAUAGGUCGGUUAGGCCUCACACGGAGAAGGCUAACUUUUUAGAAGGAGUAAUCCAUUUUGUUGAGUAAUCAUACGAGUGGUGGAGCUCACAUUGUGAAGAGUAUCUAGAACCAGUAAUAUAAUGUAAUAUUUGGUGCUUUUUUUAUGCAGAAGGUUCACUUUUUACAGGGCACCUGCUGUCAGCCCAUACUUUUUAAAAUAUAAAAAUUACUUAAUACAAUUGCCGACAUUUCAUAGAGUGACACUACAUAUACUGAAAUAUAUAUUUAGAGGGCAAUACAUAAUUGCAUGUAUGUAAUGGACAAUGUAUUUGAUGUGUAAUUGGGUUGUUAUUUAAAAUUCUUUGCUAUUUAUAUUUUUAAAAUGACAUACAGUUCAAGGUCAUAAAUAAUUAUGCUGAUUAAUUCUUGGUCAAACUUUUAUAUGAAGUUUUUACCCAACUCAGACUUUUUUAAAUGCGUGUUUCAGUCUCAUUUGAAUAUAUUAUAUUAUUUAUAUAUAUUAUUAUUAAGCUAGUUUUUUAUUUUAUUAAUAAGUCUGUCAAAACUAGGAAUAGACUUGUCUGGUUAAAUAUGAUUUAGAUUUGCAUGAAGUAGAUUGUUAGCCCAUGAUUAUCAUUUUAUUGUACAACACCUGUGCAGUGUAUAUAAUAUAACUGCAGUUCUGUUCAUAUUAAUUUUUGUUAAUAGAGAUGGAGCUUAAUAAAGAAUUAAGUGUAACUUGA